UUUUAUUCUCACAAAUAAAAAAUGGCUGAUCCUUAUUGUAAUGGGAAGACACCAAAUUUGCCAUCAUUAGAAGUUGUAAAAAAAGUUGAAAAACCAUUUGUUCAAACUGAGAAUUUAAAUUGGUUACUUCACAUUUAUUAUGCUCGUCAAGAUUUUGAUAUGUGCCGGGUUUUAAUAGAACGUCAAUUAGUUGAAAAUAUUAAUGCUGAUUAUUUAUAUUUUGUACGGGGUUUGAUUGAACGAAAAGAAGGUGAUUUAUUUGCAGCAAUUAAAAGUUUUCAAAAAGCAAUCGAUCUCAAUUCAAAUAAUUUGGAUACUUAUAAAGAAAUUGGUAAAACAUUAUAUUCAAUGGGUCGUUUUAAACAAUCAAUGGGAGUAUUUAGAGAAGCUGAAAGAAUGUCAACACAAUUACGUAGACCAGAUCCAGAAAUAUGUCAUUAUAUUGCUGAAAUAUUACAAUGGAAUAUACAACAGAAAUUUGAAUCAGGGAAAAAAUUAUCAUCAUUAGAUUCAAAUAAUUCAAAUCUUAUGAAUGAAGUUAAAGAAUAUUAUCAAAAAGCAAUUCAAAUUGGAAAAAAAUUUGAAAGUUAUAAAAGACUAGCAGAAAUUUAUAGAAAUGAAAGAGAAUAUAAUAAAGCAAUUGAAAUCCUUGAAAACUGUUUGCAAAUUGUACCAGAGAAUCAAGAGAUUUUAACAGAAAUUGGUGUCUUAUAUUUAAAAGUGAAUGAUCCACAAAGGGCCUUUGAUAAGUUAAUUGAAGUUACUAGUAUCAAUGAUAAAUUUUCAAAAGGACUUUUGGCAUUUGGUGCAAUAUUACAAUCUCGUAAUGAUAUUGGUGGUGCUUUGGCAAAAUACACAAAAAUUUCAGGUGAAGAAUAUGAAUGUGCUGAAUUAUGGAAUAAUAUUGGUUUAUGUUUUUUCAAAAAGAAUAAAUUAAUAGUGGCAAUUUCAUGUUUACGUAAAUCAGUUUGGAUUUCACCAACAAAUUACAAUGCUCUUUAUAAUUUGAGCUUAAUAUUUAUAACUGCUCGACAAUAUGCAAGUGCUUUUCAUACAUUAGCAGCUGCUUUAAGUUUACGGAAAGAUAGCGCAGAAAGUUACAUGUUACUUGCAAUAUGCUUAAGAAAACUUGAAGAUUAUGAGAAUGCAUUUACUGCAUUUGAACGUGCCGCAACAUUACCAGAUGGAAUGAAAAAUCCAUUGAUUUUAUUAAAUUUUUCUGCAUUUUGUUAUGAAACUGAAAGAAUUGAAUUAGCUAUAAAAUAUUUUAAUGAUUUUGUUGAUGUUGCUCAAGAUUUCGUUCUACCAACAGAGUAUAAAUUUCAGGCAACCAAAUUGAAAGCACUUUUACAACAACAGGAAGAAUUUGAAGGAAAUCCAAAUGUUACAACAUCAGAUGAUAUUGAGAAGAAUAAAAGUUCAAAUGAUUUAGAAUCACAUAAACAAACUUUAAAUAAUGAAAAUGUUGAAAUUCAUUGUUAUAAUGAUCAACAAGAAGAUGAUGAAAACAAAAAUAAUGAUAAUAAAAAUGAUAAUAAUGAGAAUGAUGGAAAUUGUAGCGGUACUGGUGGUGAUGUCAUUAAAAAGAAUUUUAUAUUAUAA